GGCUGGGUUACUUUUCAAUAGUAUUUCCUGUUUCCGGAAUUCCGAACGAACUGACUGACUGUCGGCGAAUGAGAUAAACAAAGGCAUUAACGACUCCGUGACUUUCAAGAUUUUUAAAGAUUACACAACAGCAUUCAUUAGUAACAUGGACGCAGGCCUCAGUCAGGAUAAGAUAUCUUCCUUCGUGAAGCGUUUCCGCUCGGAGCCACGCUACCUGCUGGCUCAGAACGUGUCCACCUGUAUCGACCCACUGGAGGUGUGUCUCCACAGGCAGACGGUGCAGGACACAGUGCACAUCUUCCAGCACUCCAUCCCCACAGAGGGAAAGCCGGUCACCAACCAGAAGAACUCAGGGAGAUGUUGGAUUUUCUCGUGUCUCAAUGUGAUGCGACUUCCUUUUAUGAAGAAGUUCAACAUUGAAGAAUUUGAAUUCAGUCAGUCAUACCUCUUCUUCUGGGAUAAGAUUGAGCGCUGCUAUUACUUCCUGCAUGCGUGUGUGGAGACGGCCCAGAGGAAGGAGGCGGUGGACGGCCGUCUGGUCCAGUUCCUGCUCUCCAACCCCACCAACGACGGCGGACAGUGGGACAUGCUGGUCAAUCUCAUCGAGAAAUAUGGUGUUAUCCCAAAGAAGUGCUUCCCCGAAUCCCACAGCUCAGAAGCCUCUCGAAGAAUGAACGACAUCCUCAAUCACAAGCUGAGAGAGUACUGUCUAAGACUGAGAAACAUGGUAUCCAGCGGAUCCACUAAAGACGAGCUGAACGAGACUGUGGACACCAUGAUUGAGGAGGUGUUCCGGGUGGCCAGCGUGUGUUUGGGCAGUCCCCCGGAGACCAUCUGCUGGGAGUACAGGGACAAGGAGAAGGCCUUCCACCGGAUGGGUCCGCUCACGCCCCAGGAGUUCUACCGGGAGCACGUCAAGCCCCUCUACAACCUCCAGGACAAGGUGUGUAUCGUGAACGACCCGCGGCCCCAGAACCCUUACGGCAAACUGUACAGCGUGGAGUUCCUGGGCAACAUGGUGGGGGGCCGCAGCACCCAGUACAACAACCAGCCCAUACACCUCCUCAAGCAGGCCGCCGCCGCAUCCAUCAAGGACGGAGAGGCGGUGUGGUUCGGCUGUGAUGUGGGCAAGCACUUCCAUGGCAAGCUGGGCAUCAACGACAUGAAUGUGUUUAACCACGAGCUGGUGUUUGGCGUGUCCGUAAAGAACCUGUCAAAGGCGGAGCGGCUCAUCUUCGGAGAUUCCCUGAUGACUCACGCCAUGAUCCUCACUGCCGUCACUGACAAGGACACCAAGGAGGGAUGCUUUGAGAAGUGGCGAGUGGAGAACUCGUGGGGUGAUGACCGCGGAAACAAAGGCUACCUGAUCAUGACCGACGACUGGUUCUCCGAGUAUGUCUACGAGGUGGUGGUGGACAAGAAGUACCUCAGCGAAGAAGUGCUGGCCGUCAUGCAGCAGGAGCCCGUGGUGCUGCCAGCUUGGGACCCAAUGGGAGCGCUGGCGUAACAAAAUGGAUUUCCGUGCCAUCGUGUGCCACCAAAACCAACCAACCAACCAACCACCCAAUGAAAUCCCAGCCUGGUCUGAUUGUGACUCUGCCCCAACCUUGCCUCUCUCUCUCUUUUUCUCUCUUCUCUCUCUCUUUCUCCGGUUUUUACCCAAUCAACUGAACUCCCAGAACACAGCAAUGCUCUAGAGAAGAAAAAAAAUAAAUAAAAUUUUUGUUUUUUCUUUUUUUACUGGC